AUGAAGGACUAUGAGAAAAGUGGUCACAUAACUAAGAUAACAGCUGCGGAGCUAUCGGAAACAGAAGAAACAUACUUCAUUCCUCAUCAAGCGGUAAUCAGACCUGAUAGCUUGACAACAAAGUUACGCGUGGUUUUUGACGCUUCUGCAAAGACCACUUUAGGCACCUCGUUGAACGAUAAAUUAAUGCCAGGACCUAAUUUACACAAUGAUCUUAUCAAAAUACUUCUUAGAUUUCGGAUGCAUCAACAUGUAAUAACAGCUGAUAUCGCUCAAAUGUUCCAUCAAAUACGCAUUGAUAAAAGAGAUCGGCAGUUACAACUAAUUCUUUGGAGAAACGAUGCGAAAGAAGCAUCACACAUUUAUCAGUUGAACACAGUAACCUAUGGCAUUGCCAGUGCACCGUAUCACGCAAUACGCUGUCUUCGAGAAUUGGCAAUUCAGCAUCAAGAAGACUAUCCCAUAGCCGCCAGGGCCGUGAAUGAAGAUUUCUAUAUGGACGACCUACUCUCAAGAGAGGCAACUCAUCAAGAAGUCAUCGAACUUCAAAGACAAUUGAUCGAGCUUUUACAGAAAGGACAGUUCCUUCUAAGGAAAUGGAGAUCCAACGAGAACAAGAAUUUACAGCCGUUACUCAAUCAGCCGAAAAAGAAUGAGCUACUCAUUCUCGACAAAGAUGCAGCUAAGACGUUAGGCCUUCUCUGGCACGCCUCGAAGGACGUCCUGCAAUAUAAAGUGGACUUGCCAAAACAGCAAAAUCUCACGAAAAGAUUAACUUUAUCCACGAUAUUUCAGAUCUAUGACCCAUUGGGGCUAAUCGGCCCAAUCCUAAUAAGAGAAAAGAUAUUCAUUCAGAAGCUAUGGAUGGAAGAACUGCCGUGGGAUAAACCAUUACCAGUGCACCAUGUAACGGCAUGGAGAAGAUAUCAUGAUUCAUUAUCAGAACUCAACGCGCUGCAACUUUCAAGAAAUGUCAAUCCAGACAAUAUUGUAGGGAAAAUUGACCUAUUUGGCUUCGGCGAUGCUUCUCAAAAUGCAUUCGGAGCAUGUUUAUAUGUAGUUAGCACUGAUCAAAGCGGUAAUAUAAAUUCAUAUCUUCUUUGUGCUAAAUCAAAGGUGGCAUCUUUGAAGACACUCUCCUUACUCAGAUUGGAGUUAGAAGCAGCUUUACUUUCAGCACAAUUAAUUCACAGUGUUAAACUUGCUCUACACGGUAGGAUGCAUCGAAUUUUAUUAUGGAGCAAUAGUACGAUUGUCCUUGAAUGGAUCAGAACAGAACCGCAUGCAUUGAAGACUUUUGUUGCUAACAGGGUAGCGAAGAUACAAGAGUUAACACAAGAAGGAGCCAUGUGGCGACACGUGCCGUCAGAGGAAAACCCAGCGGAUCUCCUAUCGAGGGGAACGACCGUUGCUGAUCUCCACAGAAAUAGUCUGUGGUGGGAGGGACCCGCAUGGAUUAAAGAAAAAGGUCAGUGCCCGAAGCAAUCGGAAAUAUAUGACACGGAGCUACCAGAAAUGAGAAAUAUCCUAGUUGCUUUGAUUUCCGCGCGAUCAUCCUCAGCUCCCUUAUUACCAGAAUGUGAAUCGUUCAACAAGCUAUGUAGGAUAGCUUAUUGUUUUAGGUUUGCCAGCAUUAGGAAACCACCAUUCAUCGAAAAGAGACUAAGCAAAACUCACAAAGACGUGAAACCACCAGAGAUUGCAGAGUUAAUCCGAGCAGAGAGAGUCAUUGUCAAGUGGAUUCAAAAGGAGGAAUUUCCUCAUGAGCUACGAAGCUUAUAG